GCCAGGAGGUGGUGUACCACCCGAAGCUGACGGACAUCCAGGACGCCAACUUGUCGGAAAUCCUCGACCCUCUGCUAGGUGCCAACGUGUCCAUGGCGGCGCGAAACACCUCGGGGGCGCUGGAUGCCUGCAGGGCGGCCUUGUCCAACAGGCACUCGCAGACGUCUGUGGUGGUGCUGCUCACGAACGGCCCUUCUUCCGAGCCAAGCCGCACGUUGCAGUCCGCUCAGCUGUUGAAGCAGCAGGCGGCUGUCGUGUUCUCUGUGGGCCUGGACCUCCGGGAGGAUCGCUCCCUGCAGCGGGAGGAGGAGCUGUUGGCGACUGCAAGCGGCACUGCGGAGUAUGAUGCGUUCUAUCCGGACUUCGACUACGACUUAAUGGCGCGCCGCCUGCAGACCUCGGCCUUCCCACUGCCGGAGCUGGCACAAGAGCUGUGGCCGGACGUGGUGGAUGCGCUGCUGCCGUCCAUCCCGGACCCGGGGCCCAGCCCACGGCCCCUGGACGCGGGGAUCGUUGCGCUGGUUGUCAUUGCUUGCUCCUGUUGCUGCACCGUGAUCCUCGCUGCCGUUUGCGUGGUCCGGAAGAGGAGAGCCCAGAAUAAGUUCACGUCCGUGAUGCCGACGCCCGCAGAUCCGCCGCGGAGCGGGGCUCCGGCCACGCCCGCGCCGGCCGCGCCGCCUGCGCCAGCCGCGCCGGCGCCGGCCGCGGACCUCACGCAGCGGAAGCUGCAGGAGGCGAUCGCCGCCCGAAACGUGCGGAAGCUGCGGCUGCUACUCUCAGACAUCCUCCUGGCGGGCUGGCCUCCAGAAAAGUACACGGAGCAGGUCCUCAGCGCGCUGGACUGCGCGGCGAGCCUUAAGGGCUCCGCCAGCCAGGCUUUGCAGGAGGCCAUGUGCCCUUGAGAGGUCAAGGGAAGGCUUUGGGUCGAUCUCUCUGCUGUUUGCUACAACUUGGGGGAUCUUUGAAGUUCUUUAGAGUUCAAGAG